CGCCGUGCCCGUGUGCGCGGACAGCCCGGGUGGGGAGGAGGGCUUCUCACCUCAGCGCGGCGGGGCGCCAUGGGGCGGGCGGGACGCCGGCUGCCCGCGUUGGCAGCGCUCUUCUACGGGGCACUGGCAGCGCUGGUGCUGCUGGGCGUGCGGGAAGUGCUGUUGGUCUACGAGGAGAACCGGUGCAGCAUGACCUACAUGUACGAGUACCCCGAGUACCUGAAAAUAAAAUUACCCAAGAAAACGGCCAGACGAUACCCAGCAUAUGAGCUGUAUCUCUAUGGGGAAGGGAACUACGCCAAAGAAAACAAAAAUCUCCUCCUGACAGGAAUUCCAGUUCUUUUUCUUCCUGGGAAUGCUGGCAGUUACAAACAAGUACGUUCUCUUGGCUCCAUUGCACUUAGAAAAGCAGAAGAUGUUGACUUCAAGUAUCAUUUUAAUUUCUUCAGCGUCAACUUUAAUGAGGAAUUGGUUGCAUUGUACGGUGGUAGUCUGCAACGACAGACCAAGUUUGUGCAUGAAUGCAUAAAAGUAAUUCUUAAGUUGUACAAGGAUCGAGAAUUUGCACCAAGCAGUGUUGCAAUAGUAGGUCAUUCCAUGGGUGGUCUUGUUGCAAGGGCAUUGCUUACUCUGAAGAAUUUUAAGCCUGAACUUAUAAACCUCCUUAUUACACAAGCCACACCUCAUGUUGCACCUGUAAUGCCUUUGGACAGAUAUCUUACUGAUUUUUAUACAUCUGUAAACAAUCAUUGGAUUCUAAAGGCCCAAGAGUUAAGAAAUUUAACUACCCUUUCUGUGGCGGGAGGAUUCAGAGAUUACCAAGUUCGUUCAGGACUGGCUUUUCUACCAAGAUCGAGUCAACAUGACAGUGCCUUAUCUGUUGUGAGCUCAGCUGUGCCUAGAGCUUGGGCCUCAACAGACCAUCUCUCCAUAGUGUGGUGCAAAGAAUUGAUCCUGGCUACCAUUAGAGCUUUUUUUGAUCUCAUAGAUGAAAAUACAAGGCAGAUAACUGAGGAUCCCAAGAAGAGGAUGUCUGUACUGAAUCACCACUUUGUGAGACAUCCUGCCAAGAUAUUUGAGGAAAAUCCUGAAGCUUUUACAGAACUCAUAGGAACUUUCACGUGGAUUACAGUCAAAGCCUCAAAAUGGACUUACUCAGUUUACAAUGAUUCUGAUGGAAAAUAUUUCACAUUUCCUCUUGCAAGUCACAGAAAAUCCUACAGUCAUGUUCACUGUGAAAGCACUCUGUUGGACACAAGUAGCUGGAUUUUUGGCUGUAUGAACAGGAAUUCACCAAUGUGCCUGGAAGCUACUGACUUAUCCUGGAAAGCUGAGUUACUUCCAACUACCAAAGUUGUCAUGCUAAAACUUCAGGACCAUCCUUCUUUGUCCCACAUUGUCGUUCGGGUACCACCCACAGUUGGCAAUAAGUAUACUUUGGAGUGUGAAUUCUUUGAGGAGGAUUCCAGAACAGUACAGCUUCCUGUAACGCAUCUGUUUUCAUUUGGGCUUUCUUCAAGCAAAAUUCUAUUAAAUUCAACUGGCUUACUUUACAAUGUACAGCUCCAGCACUUCAACCGAAUAUAUCAAGCUUUCAAAAUUUAUAUAGAGAGCCACUGCCAGUCACUCAAAGAAAGAAAACCUAGUGUUUACAGACUUCAUAUACCCUGGUCACAUGAAGACUCCAUAAUUGUAGCAAAAAUUCCAUCUUCAACUGAGAUUUCUGCAAAGCUGCAUAGUGCUCAGCCUCAGAAUGACAACAGGGUUCCAGAGUUAAAUAUUUACUCUUCCUCAGACUGUCAGUACGAAGUGAUUCUGAAGACCUCACUUUUACAGGUUCUUGGGCAAAUUAUAAGGUUCCAUGCUGGUGCUCUUCCGGCCUACAUUGUUUCUAAUAUUCUUCUUGCUUAUGGAGGACAGUUGAGCACAUUGGUAUCAACAGGCCAGUGUUCAGACUUUUCCCUUGAACUAGUUAGGACAGCUAAACCCUACAAAAUAGAACCUCUUAUAAGCAUUGUUGUGUUUCUGCAGGGGUUUAACUGGUUUAGAGAGAUAUGGGAAUCACUGUCACUACCAGAGGUGGACGCUGCUGUACUGAGCAGUCAGGAUGCAUGGUUCCCCCUUGUGUCCCUGAUUCUAUUUCUUUUUGGGACAGGCAUUGCCUACUGGAGUGGAGUAUUUUUCUCUGCAUCUCUGAGACUCUUCUCUUCACUAUGGUUAACUCUGAUGAGACCUCCUGUGCUUCAAAAAGAUAAGUUGAUUACACCCAGAAGACUCUGUGGGGCGUUAUCCCUUGCUCUAGUUAGCUGGACCACUUGUGGUGCACUUGCUGUAGUCAUUGUUUAUCUUCAAUACUUGUUUAAGGUUAUAAAACUGCACGUGAAUGUAAAAGCAGAACAAAACAUGCUCAAUGGGGAUUCAGGCUGCUCAAAAGAAACUUCACAGGACUCCAGGAUACACACAGUCAAAAACCAGAGUUCAGUGGACAGUAUUUCAGAAGCAACACAGUCUUUUUCCAACAGUACCAUUGCUGAAGCUGUUAACAGUCUUAAGAUGCACGUUACAAUUCUCAAUUUAUUCACAUGGAUCGUGCUGCUCAACUUGCCAUCCUUAAUUUAUUGGUUAAAAAAUCUCAGGUACAGUGUUAAACUUGAUCCUGAUCCGUGUAGAUCUACAGCUAUUAUCAUCACAUGCAUUUUAGAAAUUCUCAUGAAUUCAAGUUCUUCUGAAGUGAAAUCAAGUAAACUCUUGAAGAUUGCAGCCAAAGUUCCACUUCCCUUGUCUGUUGCGAUGCUGGCCUUUGGACGAAUGCAUUUAUACAAAGUACCAGACUUUGUGACUUUUUCUCUUCUUCUACACAUGCUGUGUUGUAUUGUGUAGCAUUUGUUAUGCUUAGAAAGAACAGUGCAGCCUAGAAACUGAACAUUGGAGAUGAGGCAAAUUUCAACAAAGGAAUGCCUAGAUCAAUACCAUCCUUAGUUUACAUUCUAUGGGAAAGAGGACAGAACUGCGAAUCUUUAUGGAAAGUUUGUGGUUCUGUUCAUGUUGCUUAGAAGUUUUUUUCAUGGUGUUUAUUUCCUGGCUGUGAAAAUUAAGUUAAUUAACUAUUGUGUCUAAGCACAUAAAUCGUAUCAGUAUGACAUCUUGGUACUGUUAGCCUUGUAGAAGACACUCUGGUAUUUCACUAUACUUCUUUGCUGAAAUGGACUUUUUUUUACUCACUGUGCCAUAUGGUGCAUAUGUUCUGAACUUGCAUCUCUUGCAGGUCUAAAUUAUGCUGGUUAAAACUCAUUUCAAGCACACUGUGACUAUCACAAAAACUACACAGCCAAGUAUACUUUCAAUCAUUUUAUGUUACAUUUAAAAGCUGCCACAGUUGUGACUAGACAAACUAGAAUGUACUGCUUAUUUAGAACUGUUAUUUCUAUCAGAUCAUUUGUUCAAUCAGUAUGAAUUGAACAUUUAUGAGAUUAUUGGAAGUCUUACAUGUUUUACUUUUUGUGACAGAGCAACAAUAUUCUGUGUAGCUUUCUAUUCAGGAAGGAUACCAGCAGAUUCAUAAAUAAUUUGCUGUAAUGUUGUUUUAAAACAUUGUCAGUUUUCUCUGGAAUUUUGUCAAUUCUGAAAUCACUCCUUGGACCUUGUCCAUAUGUAGAAGCUAGCAAACACUGAGGUAUGGUGUGUGUUUAUGGUGCAGUUGCUGUAAACACACUGUUUCCAAAUAGACAAGGCAGGGCUUUUUUCCUGUUCUCAGUCAGCUGUCUCAUAACAAAUAUCCAUACAUGAAAUUAAUAUGAAAUAGUUAACAACAACUCAUGCCCUGCCAUACAGUGCUAACUUCCUCAUGUGAACAAACAAUUAAUAGUGGGAAAUACUGACCAUAAUUUUUAGCUCUGUAUAAAGUAUUAGUGCCUAGAUGCUACAGUGACUGCCAUUUAUAAUAAAGCCUAAAGUACCUUUUGUGUAAGGAAUUCUCUCCCCUGGGUUUCUGUUUUGCCAACAGAAGAAAUCUCAGUAGCCAUUAGGUGAUAAUGAUGCAUUGAUUUUGCAUAGAGAUGAGCCUACUACUUGCUUCUGCGUUAGCUGUCUCUGCUCUGUCCAAGGUAGCUGCUAUCUUCAUAUGGAAAUAUUAUAUUACAUGAAUAAUAUGAGGAAAUCUGCUACCUGCAGUCAGUCAAGUAUGUUCUUGAUACAGUAGUACAGCCAGCCUGACCCAUUAAUUUUAUGGUAUCUCACUAAUCUUGCCUGAAGUGCCUCAGUUAGUUCUAGUGUGUUGUUAGGGUCAAUGAAUUUGAGAUGGCUGGCAAGACUUAAUUCAAACAGUAACUUUCUGAAAUGAAGGACAAAUGUGAAGUAAGCAUGUGUUUUGUGUGCUUAUAUGCAAGUCAGCAGUUCAGAUUAUCACUAAGUCAUUCAAACUGCUUUAACUGUGUAGAACUUCUGUAGUUAACCAGAUCACUGUCACUGUUAUCAGUAAUCUGUGUGCUGGUAUUCUAGUCUUAACCUGUUUUAGAAAAGGUUAGAUUAUACAUAGUGUCUAUAAAUGGGAAAAGUUAUUUGAAUAGAUUAUAUCUUGAUACUUUCUAGUGAAAUGUACGCUACAGUAUAUGUAUGUAAGAUAAUUUCUGUGUCUAAAUAUACUUGUAGCGAAAUCCACCAGUUGGUUUAACUUAAAAAUUGCUGUUCAGACAUACAGGAAUAGAGUAGGUAUUCUACUUUCAAAUAGCUGUGAAUGAAAGAUGGUGGCAGCACUGCAUUGGGGCUGGUAAAAGGCUGUCUGGGAAAGGAUCUGAUUUCUGUGAAAGAUAAUUUUCCUUGGCUUUCAUGAUGGUUUUGGUUUACAACUGUAUAUACCCCUGAUUUUGUUUUGUCAUCUUAAUGGGCUCUUUAUGCACAAAUGCAUUUGUUGGAGUUAUUGGUAGAACAGAAUAAGGUAGAACAGAAUAAA